AUGGCAGCGGCUCCAUUGUCUCCGCAGCAGAUCAGGGACCGGCUGCUGCAGGCCAUUGAUCCCCAAAGCAACAUCCAGAACAUCGUGGUGGUGUUGGAAAUCAUCUCCAGCCUGGAGAAAUACCCCAUUACCAAAGAGGCACUGGAGGAAGCGAAACUUGGGAAACUCAUCAAUGACAUUCACAAGAAGACCAAGAAUGAAGAGCUCGCCAAGCGGGCCAAGAAGCUGCUGCGGAAGUGGCAGAAGCUCAUUGAGCCUGUGCACCAGAAUGAGGCAGUGCUUCGGGGGCUGGCAGGUGCCCCUGGCUCUGCUAAUAGGGGUGCCCGCAACUGCCAGCCAGAGGCGGGGGUGGCCAGUGCACCCAAGAGCAUCCAUGACCUGAAGAACCGCAAUGACAUCCAGAGACUGCCCGGGCUGCGGCUGGACAGGCUGGGCAGUCGCAAGCGCCAGAGGGACCAGCAUGACCUUGGCCACCCUGGGCCACCUCCCAAGGUCUCCAAAGUAACCCAUGACUCCCUGCUUCCCAACUCAUCACCUCUCCCCACCAAUGGGAUAGGUGGGAGCCCCGAGAGCUUCCCAGGUCUCCUGCACAGUGGCAGGCACCAGGGCCCUGAGGGCAGCUGCGUGGAGCAGGGCGAGAAUGACAAGCAGGGCAUCAAGAUCCCCAUCAAUGCUGUGAGGCCGCACACCAGCUCCCCAGGUCUGGGCAAGCCCUCCGGGCCCUGCUUGCAACGCAAGGCUGCAGUGCUACAGCAGCUGGAAAGAGCGGACCAGACCUUGGGACCUCCCCACCCCAAAAGGCCACCUCGCUGCUCCUUCAGUCCCCAGAACUCACGGCACGAGGGCUCCUUUGCCCGGCAGCGGAGCCCAUACUCACUCAAGGGCUCUGUGCCCAGUCCCUUGCCUCGGCCCCAGUCGCGCGAUGUCAUGCAGAUACCAUCACCACUGCCACUUGCCCAGCCAUGCACAUGCCCUGCGCGGCGGCUAGAGCUGUUGCCCAGUGCUGAGAGCCCAGUGCACUGGCUAGAGCAGCCUGAGGGCCACCAGCGACUGGCAGGGCCGGUCUGCAAGGCAGGGCUGUCACCAGCUGAGUCCAUCCUACCCCGGGCUGGCUUCUCCCCAGACUCCUCUAGGGCGGACAGUGAUGCAGCCUCCUCUGGUGGUUCAGACAGCAAAAAGAAGAGGAGCCAGCCUCGUGACUACACGGUGAACUUGGGCGGCCAAGUGGCCGAGGCAGGCGUCAAGCCUGUGCGGUUAAAAGAGCCGAAGCUCACCUUGGACCCCAUGACAAGACAGAUCAAACCUCUGACCCAGAAAGAGCCAGUGCGGGCCGACAGCCCUGUGCACACGGAGCAACCCAGGACAGAGCUGGACAAACCCGAGGCCAAGAUCAGCCUCCAAAGGCCCUUUGAGCAGAGGAACUGGAAGGAGCUGCCGCGCACUGAGAUCAUUCAGUCCUACCUAAGCCGGCAGAGCAGCUUGCUCUCAUCUCCGGGCGCACAAACCCCAGGGGCCCACCACUUCCUGUCUGAGUACCUGAAACAGGCGGAGAGCGCCCGGCGUGGGGCCAGGACGCCACAGGUGCUGCUGCCUCCGGGCCCAUCCACUGACCUCCCGGAGCUAAGCCGCCAGGUCACGCAGAACGAUCUGGACAGAAUCCACGCCCACCAGUGGCCAGGGGUGAAUGGGUGCCUGGACACACUGGGUAACUGGUAUGACUGGACGCAGUGCAUAGCGCUUGAUCCGCACGGUGACGGCGGGCGAUUGAACAUUCUGCCUUAUGUUUGCUUAGACUGAUUGGCCCCUCAGCCUCUAAGUGCAUUCCCACCUUGCAGUCAGCAGGAGGGUGGCCAGGCCUGGAAGCCUCCAGUGGUUUGGAGCCCAGCUGAGGCAGAAGG